AUGGGCAGCAUAUCUCAGAAGACCGGGCGUUGGGUUCUAGACUCUGCCCAAGAAGGAAUCUCUUCUCUCCGUUAUGAGCCGGAUGCCACAUUCACGGUUGGCCAAGUCGGGCCGGAGGAGGUUCUAGUCGAGAUCCAUGCGGCGUCUCUGAACUACAGGGAGCUCGCAAUCUGCAGGGGCAACCCAUCCAGUGCAAUCCCUCUCCCGGCGACUCCUGGCGUGAUCCCCGGCUCCGACGGCGCGGGCGUGGUGCUCGCGGUUGGCUCUGCGGUGCCCCAGUCCUCGCAGUGGCUGCAGCCCGGCGCGAAGGUCGUGACACACAUGAUCCCGCACGUGGAGGACGACGCCCUGCCAAACCUUGAAGACGUCUGCUCCGGUCUGGGCCAGAAGCUGAAUGGCACUCUGUGCCGACAGGUCAUCCUCCACCAUAACGCUCUCGUCCCUAUGCCAGCACACAUGACCUUCGAGGAGGCUGCGACGCUGACAUGCUCGGGACUUACGGCCUGGAACGCGCUGAUGGGCAUGCCGGGAAGGGAAGUCAAGGAGGGCGACUGGAUUUUAGUCCAGGCAGCAGCAGGUGCCAAUGUUGUCGCGAUAACGAGCUCGGACGCAAAGGGAGACCGGCUGCUCUCCCUCGGCGCCCGGCACGUCAUAAAUUACAAGGAGCAUCCGAACUGGGGCGAACUGGCCAGAAGCUUCACGCCGAAGGGGCGCGGCAUUGACCACGUUGUCGACGUGGUCGGCGCCACGACCAUGGCCGAGUCUCUGAGUGCCGUCCGGCUGCACGGCCUGGUCACAGUAGCCGGAAUGAUCGGGGGCGCUGGAGGCGGAGAGCAGAUCCCGGACGUGAUGAGCGCGCUGUGGAAGCUAUGCGUCCUCCGCGGCAUCUAUCUUGGAUCUCGCAGCAUGUUCAGAGAUAUGGUGCGCUUCCUGGAGCAGAAGCAGGUGAGGCCGGCGCUGGAUGACGUUGCCUUCAGCUUGGAAGAUGCGAAGUCCGCUUUCGAGAGGCUGGAGAAGCAGCAGCACUUCUCCAAGGUCGUUAUCAAGACGGCAUGA